AUGACGAACAGUUCAAUGACAAUGAAGUCUAUACAUCAAAUAUGGUCAACAAAGAGGAUAUCAUUGCUCUGUAAUAUUGGUGGCCCUAAUAAUGGUGAAGCUAAAGUUGAAUUUCCAGAAGAUGUUGUUGUUCGUUCUACAGAAACAGAUAAAAAGAAAAAAGAAAAUAGAAUAAAGUGGAAAACUGAAAGUUGUGAUGAUAUUGAUGAUGUUAAUUUCAAUGGUAGAAAAUUGAUGUUGGUUUGGAACGAAAGUGAGGACAAAACGUUUCUUGAUGCAUGUAUCCAUGAACUAAUCACUAAUGGUCGUGAGGGUUCUGGACUUAAGGAUAGUUCGUGGAAGACAGUACGCGAAAAAAUGAUAAACGAACACAGUAAAGAGGUUGAUCAGAAGCAAAUGAGAAACCACUUUGACUACUACAAAUCAAAGUAUGUUGCUUGGGUGAAACUGAAAAACAAAACCGACAAUAUAUAUGAUCCGAUAAAAAAUAAAUUUAAUCUGACCGAUGAACAAUGGAAGGAAGAGGGGAAGUUGAACAAGUACUUAUUGUCAUUGAAAACCAAACCUCUGUUGGUUCCUGAUCUUUGCACCCAACUAUUUGAAGGGUCGACCUCACCCGACUUCCAAAGUUGGGGGCCAUCUUCUACACUCCCUCGUCCUAUAGAAGACUUUAGUGCCCAUGAUUUUGAUGAUGAUGUUCCAAUGGAAACCUCAACACAACACGUAGGUGCAAGUGAAGAAUCUUCGGGGCGCUCAAAAAAUAUGGAAGUUGGUGGAAACAAAAAAGUUGGUGGGAAAAAAAGAGAUAUAAGGGCAUUAGAAGCUGAAGAGGAUAUUGUCAAGCUUGCAAGGUCGUUAGUGGAAAAAAUGAAAGAAUUGAAAAAAGUGAAAUGGAUAAGGAUGUUGAUGCGUGUAUGGAGAAAUUGA